UCUUACGUGACGGCCUCGUCUUUUGGUUUUCUUAGAAUUUAAAGUUUAAACUUGAUAAAAAUGAAUCAGGCAGAUGUAACGAAACUGAUGUCACAGCUGCGGAUUGCUGUGCGGCCCAAUCAGCGUAAUUUGAAGAAUCCAGAUGGAGCUGAGGGGCGCUUGCUGAAGCUACGUAAAACUGUUACUGCCUUGAUGAAGCAUGAGCGUAUUGAACUGUACUACAAUCGGGCCGAUGAAGCUCGUGGCUACGCCGAACUGCUCAUUUCCAAUGCCAUACGACAUGGGGACCGGCAUAGGGCCACUAUGGAACUAGCUGAUUAUUGGCUCCUGGAGAAACAGCUGGUACAUAAGCUGUUUAAAGUACUCGUUCCCCGCUACGAAAACUACAAUGUAUCGUACACUCGAAUGUACAAAGCUCCGCGUGAUUAUCCGGGAAUGUACUACAGACAGUCGGUGCUUGAACUCCGUGGCAAUCCCUACCCUUCCCUAUUAAUGGAUCAAUCACAGAACCGCAAUCUGCUGCACAAUGUGCUCCUUGAUGAGGCCAGGAAAGAGUACAGGCGUUCAAAGUUAGCCGACUUAGUUAAGUAGGAAAUGAAACUACUUUCUUUGUUGCCACUUGGAUUGCUUAUAUUUAAGACUUGAAACCCGAUUUAUUAUAAAUACAUAUAUAUAUAAGA